GCAUUAGCAGCACAGCCAGCGUUGUUCUCGGUUUAACCUCCCUCUCUCUUAACUGCUGUACUGAAUGGCUAUCCUGUCCUGGAAAUGCCAGCUAAGCCCCCAGUCUGUGCUCUACGCAGGAGCUCUUAAUGCUCUCUUCCAACACACACACCUCCCUCUUUCUCUCCCUCUCUCUCUCUCUUUCUGCCACGCUCCCACGCUUGGGGAACAAGGCUCAACCGGUGGUGGUGGGAGAACCGGGACUGGAGUGUUUAGUGCUGUCGUCACUGCUCUUGAUUGUUUGACCCUGGGAGAAAGUUCUGCCACAGGGGGAAAUAUGUGUCUGAAACCGAGGGGCUGGAACAGACAGAAUAGGAGAGGGAUACCACGAGCGUGAGAGCCUCGGCUCAGGCUUUGACCAUUCAGCUACCGGACGCCAGUGUGGCUGAGAGACUGGAGGCUCAGGAGGCCAGAGGAAGAUGUUGAACCCAUGGGGGUUGUUCCUCUGCCAGCUGGUAAUAAACACGUCCUACCAUGUCAUCAAAGCCAGCCUCUGCCUGGGUGGGUCGGACAUCUUUGCAACGGUGAGCGAGAACAGCCCCGUAGGAGAGUUCAUAGCGAACCUCAGCAUCAUCGGAGACCCUACAGGAGUCAAUAGCAUUCGCUUGUGCCUCACCGGAGAGAAUGCCAAUUGGUUCUACCUUGAAGGGAGAACCAUCAGGCUAAACUCAUCCGUUUUAAGAGUCCUGGAUCGAGAGCUUUUUCUCUCCAAGCGCCAGGGAUCUGUAUUGAUGGCAGCAUUAACAUGUUAUGAAGAUGACAUAAUACAGAGUGAAUACAGGGUCAUAGUUGAGAUCCUGAAUGAAAACGACAACAAACCAAAGUUCUUUGAGAAGACUAUACAACCACGUUACAUAAGUGAGCUCACUGCAGUCAACUCUGUAGUCUUCACUGUCAAGGCCAUCGAUGCUGAUGGAGACACCAUCACCUACAUCAUCGACAGAGCCUUGCCUGAUGCCAGCUAUUUCAGGAUAGACCUACCCAACAGUGGUAAAGUGAUCCUGGACAAGCCAUUGGACUAUGAGACCAAAACCCAGCUGCAGCUAGUCAUCUACGCUGUGGAAACCAACACCAAGGAGUGGUACAACACUUCCGCCUCUCUGACUGUGCACGUGAAGGACGGGGACGACCAGUACCCUCAGUUCCUACCGUGCACACCCAUCUCCCAGGACAACAAACACACGGUUGUCUGCACCAAUCCCGUCUACACAGUCAACAUCACAGAAAAGGACCAGGACAUGUUACUGAAUUUCUCUCCUGGUCCAAUUCAUGCCGAAGAUGGAGACAGAAGCCUUGAUACGCCUUUGCUCUACUCCAUUCUCUCAGGUGCUGACAAAAACAGGUUUCAGAUUGACAACCGAACAGCAGAGAUCACAUUGACUAGACGGGUGGAAAACAGACACAUGACACCUACAUUCCGACUACGCAUCAUGGCAUCUCAGCUGAAUGACCCAAAGAAGUACAGUGUGGCGACAGCGCUGGUCCGGGUGCUAGCAGAGAACCGGUUCCCUCCCCUCUUCAACAGAACCACGUACAAGGGCUUCAUCGUCGAGAACUCCAGUCCUGCCACGCUAGUCUCCACCUAUGGGAACGAGGUGCUUCUCAUCCAAGCCAUUGACCAGGACUUUGUAGAUGGGGUGAAUCCAAAAAUGCAUUACUCUCUCCCGCCCACAUCAGCCACAACUGCACUGUACCACAUCACCCAGGAAGGGGUUAUCAUCGCUAAGACCGACCGCCUACGACCCUUCGAGAGGCACUUCCUAGAGGUGGUCGCUAUGGAUGAGGAAUCAGGUGAGGUUGCAAAAGCCUCAGUCGACAUAGAGCUGCUACAAAGAGGCCAGCCAGUUCCACGGACACCUUUCGGAGAAGAGCGGUUGUUCAGAGACCUGGAUGUGAGGAUGGCUGGCGGUAUCAUGGGUGGGAUGCUGCUGCUGUUAGUGGCCAUCCUGUUCCUGCUGAUCCGAUGGGCCAAGAGGAGACGGAGACGGGACCCGGCCAGACGAGGGGCUGUCAUCCUGGGGAAGCACCCCAAUGUGGAUUUGCAUGAGCCCUGUCAUCCUCUCCAGGCUCCUUAGAGAGGGAGAACACACAUCACUCACACCACUCUGGACAUCAAUCACACAUCCACAGACUGGACUGCUUUUAAUUGUGAUUCAUUAUCAGUUAUUAUGUCUGUAUGACAUGUACUGUAUAUACUGUAGUACUAUCUCUUUAGAAGCACUGUUGCCUUUAGAGAUGUUAGUACUGCAAGACAUUAGACAUUAGUACUGUAAGUACACCCAUUGGCUCGUCUCGCUCGCUGCUGUAUUGCCAUCUAGUGUCUUGCCCCAGGGGGCCCUUCAUAGUGUCGAGUUUCAGGAGAAGAUGCUGGAGUUUGUCCUUUUUCAGAGAGAGAUCUAUCAGAGAAAAUAAAAUAAUACAUUAACUUUAGCUAAACGCAAACCAAACAUUAACUAGGUCUACAUUUUGAAGAAUAAUUUUGCAUCCUAGACAGUGAAAGGCCUAUUUCUUAGGGUCAUGCUCUGAUCACUACCACAUGCUGUGAAAAACAUGAUUCAGGUACAUUAGUAUCAACAAAUCCACCCAGUUCAUUUCCCCUUCUCCCUGUCAAAGACCUAUGACAUUUCCCUCUGACCACUGACCUUUGACAUGGCGUUCCUUCUGGGCCCUGAGAUGGGAACCGGCCUGCUGUUUGAGAUGGAGUAGGUACUCAUGGCUGCUGGGGGGAGUGUUGGAACUGGAGGGCCCUACAUCAUUAUCAUCAUCAUUCCCUUUGGUGCUAUAGCCCUCUAUGAAAAGACAAAUCCUUCCACUCAAGUGAUGUUUUGUCUUGCCUCAAGAACAUCCUGGUUAGCGGGUUUUUGACUGAACAGGGCCCUCAGUCAAGAGAUACUCUUCAACGCAAUCUAGUGUUUGGAAUGUAAGGAGUGUCUCACCAUGAUCAAUGGACAGGAAGUUAUCAUCGAUGACCUCAUAAUUCUCUGCCCUUUGGCUUUUGCUGUGAUUGGUGGAGGGGACAUUUACAGGUGUGCUCGGACCUAUACUUGAGAGAUGUAAAAAUCUGCCCUGAGACAGAGGCAAUACCCAAAGAUAAUCAUCUGCUUUUGACAGUUGUUAGCCCUAAAUUAACAUGACGUAAUCCAUUCAAUCAUCACGCGCCUGCAGUCUUUUUUGGACCUAUCAUUUGUUACACAAAUGCUCUCUUUUUUACCAGGGUUGAGAUUGUUCUCCCUAGGCUGUGAUGGCGGGGUAACAUUCCUUGACACCAGCCCUUUCUCCACGUACUGAGGAACAUUGCUUAUCACCCUCUCGGUGGAACAUCUGCAAAAACACAAUAAACCAUAGUGUUGCGCUCAUAAGCCAGUUAUCCAAUUAGUGGCAGAAGAAAAACAACAUAUAAAAGACAAAGCAAGUCAAGCCAUGGCUGUGAUGUUGGGUGUUGGCUGUAAUAGAAGGCUACAAACUACAAAACAAAUAAACAGUUGGCUGUGAUUUAGUAUUCUACUGUAGUCGGCCUGUGUAUUGUGCCAGUAACUGCAAUGCAGUUACAUGGUAACAGGUACACUCAGCAAAUACACUCAUUUUGCAUCUACACUGCCUCCACAAUUUCUUUCAAACAUUCAGCAGGGGGUCUACUACCUUGAAGAAUUCAAAGAGUUCUGCUCGGAGGCAGAGACAAGGUCCUCUCUUCCUGUUUUGAUCCACUCCCCAUGAAAUGAUGCCUAGAUAUGGGGAAAGUGUUAGAGAAAGAAAUUAAAAACAGCAUGCUGGUGAAUUCAAUGGAUCACAUUUCAAUUAUUUUACUCACCAUAGUCAAAAUUAGGUCAACUCUAGUACACUAUGGUAUCACAGACUUGCAUUCACUUCAUUUACUGAUGUUUAGAGGACAGAAAGAGCCCGUGCAGGUUAUUCCACAUAUCCCUUCCAAAGGUCAUGGCUGAGAUGAGACAUAUGGACAUUAGUGAGAGAUGACAAACAAGAGCACGUAGAAAACCAUUUUAAAGUAGACGUAUGGAUCAAUGCACAUUUCCGCAAUUGUUAGUUCACAAUGGGCAGUUGCCAUGGGGAUAGAAUAUCAAAACAUUCAAGGUGAAAUCAAAAACUUCAGACCUGAAAAGAUUUGGGGGUACAUAAUGUUUCCUGCUAUAAUUAUAUGUGUAUGGAACCACUUGUUGAAGUGGACGGAUGAAUAAUGGCUACAAUGCCUCCUAUCGACUAUAUCAUCAACCAUUACCGUUCUCCUAGCAGCAGGAUAAUAUGGAUAAUAAGGAUAACACAUUCCCACCACUAACGUGUCAAUACUAUCUCACAAUUUCUACUUAUUAUAGACAUUUGUAGAUACCUAAGUAAACAUUUCUAGAGAAUGUCGAAACAUUUACAGACACUGAGGCGAGGUUUAGCAUGUCUUUGCAGGGAGACUGAAUGUGUUGCCAUUAUAAUAGCCUAUGGAAGCCCAUUCUCCCCCAUCAUUUUAUUUUUAAUGUCAAUACUAUCUCAUAGCAUUUGUUUCUUCAUUUGUAACAUUUUGUGAUUACAUUGGGGGGUUCAACCUGUCAACUAUCAGCUAAUCAUGAGUCUUGUCAGAUAAUCAUCAAGCCCUUGAUUGGGUGAAUCAGGUGAACUAAUUCAGGGCUAAAACAAAAUUGUGAAACGUCUGGGUGUCCCCGAGGAGGUGUUUUAGAUGCACUGGGCUAACCUAAUCAGGUUAAACUCCAGACCCUAGUUGGAGGGUAUGACAUAAAAUGGUUUUAUAUGGGCUAUGAUGAGACCAUAUUCUUUCUAAUUAAGUCAUAUGGUAAAAAUAAAUAAUAGACAACUGCAAUUGGACAAUAGAACUAACAGGGGCGUGUUUGCUUUAUGCAGGGUUGCAUCAUGUUGGCCUUUGCAUCUGUAAUACAUUUUAAAAAAGGUUACUCACACAGUAUGUCAACACUAUUGUGUUAAUUGAUUCAUUCCAGUCAAUAAUUGUGGAUUGAAGGUCUAGGUAGCCUAGCCACCUGAAAUUUGAAUAUUAACCAAAUUUGAUCACAUUCACAUUUUCUCUUAACACAAAUAAAUAGGACCAUUUUAGGCUAUAAAUACACAGCUUAGGCUACAAAUACAUGACGUUACUGGUUAUUUUCCCCUGGCCAGAGGGGAUUAGCGCUUAAUAGGCUUCUCUACCUGCAGCUGUGGUUGUUAUCAGUAGGCUACCGUUGAUCAGACUGAAGAAAAGAUAAAUUGUGCACGAGUUGACAAAUCAUGAUGCAAAUCAGUCUAAACAACUUUACUUUGUCCCUAUUUUCUUUUCUUUUUUGGAAUUUUACCCCUUUUUCUCCCCAAUUUCAUGGUAUCCAAUUGUUAGUAG